UCUCUUCCAGUGUUUCUGUACCCCCUCCUAUGACUGGAGCAAUUGCAGCAGAACUUUGGUCACAGCGAUCUUGCUGAAAUAUCAGCACACAAUUUGGGACACAGGCAUUUUGGUUUCAUCAUGAUUUCCUGUCACUUCAGCACUCAGUUUUUCUGCCUUUUCCUGGUGUUUCCGCUUUCACCCGCUGCAGUCUUCUUAAAGCAUGAGGAAGCAAGCAGUGUGCUACAAAGGAAUAAGAGAGCCAACUCCUUCUUUGAAGAGUUGAAAGCGGCAUCUCUGGAACGAGAAUGCAUGGAAGAGAAAUGUUCAUUUGAGGAAGCCAGAGAAAUCUACAAAGAUGGUGAAAGGACUAUGGAAUUCUGGAAAGUAUACACAGAUGCUAAUGAGUGUGACUCCAACCCUUGUCAGAAUGGUGGGACUUGUCAUGAUGAGUACAAGAAGUACAAUUGUUACUGUCCUGAAGAUUAUGAGGGUAGAAACUGUGAAAUUGGCCCAGAAACCAGACUGAAGUGCAUUUAUGACAAUGGCAACUGUGAGCAUUAUUGCAUCGAUAUCCCAAAUGCAGUACGACAGUGUUUCUGUGCAGAGGGAUAUAGGCUGGGAAGUGAUAAAGAAUCUUGUAUCCCAGAAGUUGAUUAUCCUUGUGGGAAAAUACCACUUCUGGCCAAAAAAAGGGAGGACCGACGGGGAAGAAUUGUAGGUGGUUAUACCUGUCCUCCAGGUGAAUGCCCAUGGCAAGCUCUCAUGAUAGAAGGUCAAAUGCAGAGGUGUGGAGGUGUUCUGAUUGCUCCAUCAUGGGUAGUUACUGCAGCCCACUGCUUCUCACAAACACGCCGUGAAACACUCAGGAUAAAGCUGGGUAAAUACAGGAUAAACCAGGAAGACGAAGGUGAACAGGAAAGAAGAGUUGCUAAAAUCAUAAUCCAUGAAAAGUAUUCUCCAAAAAAAGUUGAAAAUGAUAUUGCCUUGUUGCAGUUAGUGACCCCUGUCAAUUUCACAGAUUACGUGGUGCCCAUAUGCUUGCCUCAGCAGCGGUUUGCUGCAGAUGUGCUGAGCUUCGUUGAAUACUCCACAGUGAGUGGAUGGGGGCGUCUCUUAGAAGGCGGGGCUACGUCAGCCACACUUAUGCAAGUGAGACUCGUCAAAAUGCAUAGAAAAGAAUGUGCUCAGCACACUAACUUAAAUAUUACAAAGAACAUGUUCUGUGCAGGAUACCUUAAUGGGACUCGAGACUCUUGCGAAGGUGACAGCGGUGGGCCUCACGCCACUGAGUACAGGAACACAUGGUUUCUAACAGGGAUCGUGAGCUGGGGUAAAGGCUGUGCAGCAAUCGGCACAUAUGGAGUUUACACCAAUGUAGUCGAAUACAUUGGGUGGCUAAACAAUCACAUGCAGAAUACCUCUAGCACUGCAGUUGUACAUGCACCCUCUCGGAAUUAAGGCCUAUUGAGUUCAAUGGGAUUUAAUCACAGAUAAAUGUAUACAGCAUUGCAGUCUUCAUUAGCACUUUCCUUGAGGUGUUUUUUU